UCCGUUAAGCUUAGGCAUCAGUCCUGGCUGUUUAUAUCUUCACCAUAUUCCCCGUCUUUUCUCGGAUUUGAAAAAUCAUUGCGAACCAAUCAAAAUUUCAUCAAAUCACACCAAUGGGUAUCCACUUGAACACUAUUCAUCAAACUACAAUUACUCAAUCCCACUACUAUACCCACAAGAUUUUCCUCUUCUUCAACUACAUCCUUCUUGGUGCAGCCUCUAGUUGCAUUUUCCUCACUCUUUCUCUUCGCUUAUUCCCUUCCGUCUGUGGCUUCUUCUUGAUUCUUCUCCACGCUUUAACCAUAGCAGGGGCAGUGUCCGGCUGCAUCGCCGCCUGUUUAGGGACUAACAGAUGGUAUGCGGCGCACAUGGUGGCCACAGUGUUGACAGCGAUAUUUCAAGGAUCAGUGUCAGUGUUGAUCUUCACGAGGACAAGUGAUCUUCUGGGUAAUUUGAAGUCUUAUGUGAGGGAAGAAGAUGGGGCGGUGAUCUUGAAGCUGGCUGGUGGGCUAUGUGCUGUGAUGUUUUGCCUGGAGUGGGUGGUUAUGACACUUGCUUUCUUCUUGAAGUACUAUGCAUAUGUGGAAGGUGAUGUUAAUGGGAAUUCCGCUGCUAUGAAGAAAACUGCAAAAGUGCAACACGAUGAGGAUUUGAAGGACUGGCCAUGGCCUUUCCAAGUCUAAAAUUAUAACAUAUAUAUAUUAAUGUUGACAUGCGGGUUUGGUUAGUGCCUAUGCUGCUCAAACUUGUUUUACUUUUUUAAUUAUUUCAUUUUAUAGGAGGCCUUUUCUUGGGGUUUCUGAGUUGUUUCAAUUGAUAUAUGUAUAUUGGUUUUUAUUUGUUUAUGUUUUUGCUUUUUCUGUCUUUUGGAUUUGGUGAGUUAUUCUUAAUACAAUGUAAUGUA